AUGAAGCACUCGGGUCAGAAUAGUACCCGGAAUACGCUGCAUCAUGGCAUUGGACCCUUUCUGGUCAUAGCCCAGUUUUUUGGUGUCCUGCCAGUUUCGGGUAUUUGGCCAAGUUCUCGACCGGAUAAAGUUCACUUUCGGUGGAUAUCUCCAGCAUUGUUGGCAGCUUUGGUUCUGUUCACCUUUUCCAUUGUGGACUUUGCUUUGUCCUUCAAAGUGGUGAGCGAUCAUGGUCUUAAAUUCUAUACCAUAGGUUCCCUUAGCUUCAGUGUGAUCUGCAUCUUUUGUUUCGGAGUCUUCCUGCAUCUUUCCCGACGCUGGUCUUAUAUCAUCCGCCGGACAGCAGAGUGUGAGCAAAUCUUCUUGGAGCCCGCCUACGAUUGUCGAUAUGGCCGCCACUUCUCCAGACGAGUGCGUCUCUGGGGCAUUAUCCUCUUAGUGGCUGCCCUGUGCGAACACUCGACCUAUGUGGGAAGUGCCCUGUACAAUAACCACCUGGUCAUUGUGGAGUGCAACCUGGAUGUGGAGUUUUGGCAGAACUAUUUCCAGCGGGAGCGACAACAGCUUUUCCUAGUGCUCACCUUUACCGGCUGGUGGAUACCCUUCAUCGAGUGGACCACCCUGUCGAUGACCUUUGUGUGGAACUUUGUGGACAUAUUCCUGAUCCUUGUUUGCCGUGGCAUGCAGAUGCGAUUCAAGCAGCUACACUGGAGGAUUCGACAGAAUAUGAGACAGAAAAUGCCCAACGAGUUCUGGGAAAGAGUACGGAGUGAUCUCCUGGAUCUUAGCGAUCUUCUUGGCCUCUACGACAAGGAAUUGUCCGGGUUGAUUCUGCUAUCCUGUGCCCACAAUAUGUAUUUUGUUUGUGUGCAGAUCUAUCACAGUUUUCAGUCCAAGGGAAACUAUGCAGAUGAGCUGUACUUCUGGUUCUGCCUGUCGUAUGUCAUCUUUCGAGUUUUGAACAUGAUGUUUGCUGCCUCAUCGAUUCCCCAAGAGGCCAGGGAAAUAUCCUAUACCCUAUACGAAAUCCCCACCGAGUUUUGGGGCGUGGAACUAAACCGUUUAAACGAGAUUUUUGUGUCAGAUCAUUUUGCUUUAAGUGGCAAGGGGUAUUUUCUGCUAACCAGACGUUUAAUUUUUGCGAUGGCAGCCACUUUGAUGGUCUAUGAACUGGUAUUGAUCAACCAAAUGGCGGGAUCUGAAGUCCAGAAGAGUUUCUGCGAGGGCGGCUUGGGCUCCUCCAAGAGCAUAUUUUCCUAA